CACCUCCAGCUGUCAGAUUCAGAAAUCCCCACUGAUUUCAUACAAAAUGGUGAUUUAGUCAACAAAGGUAAGCGUUAUAACCUCUAAACUACUGCACUAUUUGUGUAUAAAAUGAUGUGCAAGCUGUUUAAAAUAGAUUCAGCAACGCUGUGAACCGUCGCAUAGCUGAACAUGCCCUGAUGUUUUUAGCAUGCAGCAGCUAAUGAGGCUAAUAACAGACAAGCAUUGAGUUCCUUUAAAACGUUUUAAUUUUAAUAUGCAUAUGUUUGAGUUGUCAACAGCCCCGGCCGUCAUCAUGGAGGCAGCCAGCAGAUAUGUGCUCAUCCACGGGAAGAACAUCUCCCACAGCUCCCUGACGAGCCCUGGUGGUGGUGCUGGUGCUGGGCCUCAUAUGUCCAUCGACAAGUUGUUCCCUGCCUUGCUUGAAUGCUUUGGCAUUAUCCUGUGUGGAUACGUAGCUGGCAGGGCUGACGUGAUCACGGAGAACCAGGCUAAAGGUCUGGGCAACUUUGUGUCUAAAUUUGCCCUCCCGGCUCUGCUGUUCAAAAAUAUGGUGCUGCUGGAGUUCGGCGAUGUCAUCUGGUCCUUCCUGUGGAGCAUCUUGGUCGCCAAGGUGGCUGUGUUCACGCUGGUGUGUGUUCUCACACUGUUGGUUGCCAGUCCAGAAAACAGGUACGGCAAAGCCGGACUGUACGCCAUCUUUGCCACGCAAAGCAACGACUUUGCCUUGGGCUAUCCCAUAGUGGAUGCUUUGUAUCGGAGCACGUACCCGGAGUACCUACAGUAUAUCUACCUGGUGGCCCCCGUGUCGCUCAUGCUGCUCAAUCCCAUCGGCUUUGCUCUGUGCGAGAUGCAGAGGUGGAGAAGGAGGACCGACCAGCACGUGGAACGAAGCACAGCCCGGGUGCUGGCUGUGGUCGUCCUACAGGUUUUAAAGAACCCGAUCGUGUUCAUGGUGGUCGUGGGCAUCGCCUCGCACUUUGCUCUGGGCCAGAAGAUCCCCGACGUGCUGUCCCAGUUCAUCGAUGGCCUAGCCGACUCUUUCGGAGGUGCCGCUUUGUUCUACCUGGGCCUCACCAUGGUUGGGCAGCUGAGGAAACUGACGCGAGACGGCGGCGUCGCCUUGAUCCUCCUCAUCACUGCCAAACUUCUGGUGAUGCCCCUGUUCUGCAAGGACAUGAUGGACAUCCUGGACGUGGGUGUCAACAGCACUAGCGCCAAUCACACCAGCUUGUCCAACUUUGCCUUCCUCUACGGCGUCUUCCCGACUGCGCCCAGUGUGGCCAUCUAUGCAGGACACUACGACAUCGAGCUGGAGGUGGUGACGUCGGGCAUGGUCAUCAGCACCUUCCUCUCGGCACCCAUCAUGUACGUCUCGGCCUGGCUGCUGACCAUCCCGCUGAUGGACCCCGCGCCUCUGGUGGCCGAGCUUCAGAACGUCAGCUUCAACAUCAGCAUCGUAUGCCUGCUGGCGCUGAUUUGGACCAUCGCUGUGAUGCUUCUCAGUGGGAAAUUCAAGCGUCUUCCUCACCUCUUUUCCUUAAAUCUCUUCUUGGCUCAGUUCCUGGUGUGUGUGAGCAUGAUCCUGUGGAAUUCCCUGGCCAGACAAGAGGAUAAUCUAACGGGCAAAAUGUUGGCCUUCGCGAUGCUCUACGGCUCUUUGUACAGCACGUACAUUUGGACGGGUUUAAUCCCGUUCUGCUUGGUUCUGACCAGCCGAGAUGAUCUCCUCAGGCUCCGGCCGGCCAUUUUCAUGAUUUUGGGUUGGGGGGUUCCUUUCUUCAUGGUGGGAGGUCUCUUGUUAGUGGGCCAGAAGACCGACUCCAUCGACUCUGCCUUCUUCUACGGACAAGCUCAAAUUAUCAGCACAGCGGCAGUGCUGUCCAUCAGCCUGGCGCUAGCUGCCAUUUCUCUGAUGGGCCUCAGCCAGGGACACAGCGAGCAGAGAGGCUACCACGUCCUGAGCCGAACAGCUCUUCCCGCCUCCAGUGAGGAGCAACUGAGGACGCCUGCUGGUUCAGAUGACCCACUACCACCACAACAACAGCAGCAGCAACAAGAACAGUCAGGGGAUCUUUCACCUUCUGUCUGCAGUAUUAACUCUGACCUCCAGACGGCUCCUCCGCUCCAGUCCAUGCCAGAUAUGAUCACCAGCACGCAGAGGAACCAUGGCAACAGCACAGGCCACACGGGGGCGCCAUGCGACGGGCAUCAACAGAGUUCGCCCUCAGCGCCAGAGGCUCGGCAAGCUGCAGAUGACAAACAGACAGUCAGACACGUUUUGCUUUGUCUCCUGCUUAUUGUCAGCCUACUUGCGAACCUGUCAAGCUGCCUGUGGUGGUUGCUGAACAAAGACCCCGGCCGCCUGUACUUGGAGCUUCAGUUCUUCUGCGCCGUGGCCAACUACGGCCAAGGUUUCCUGUCCUUCGGGAUCUUCGGCCUGGACCGUCACCUCAUCCUCUUGCCUUUCAAGAGGAGGUUGUCGGCGUGGCGAGGACGAGAUGACAAACAGAGCGAUACGACCGGCGAUCGCGAGGAGAUCCGGCUCACUUGCACGCAGUUUGUGCACUACCACAAAGAUCACUGCGUGCAAGGGCUGCUGCACGUUCGCAGUGCCCCAGGAGAGAGCACAAGUGCCCUAACCCGUGAAUCCUUGCUUUGAUACCAACUGGCCCCGACACCAAUGUGACCUCUAUUUGACAUGAAAAGUCAGCGACCGCCAUGACGUCCCGUCUCCCGCUCUUCCUCCCCAAAAGUGCCUUACGGUGCAGUUCUUCCAUAACCUGUGAUGGUCGCUGACUUUACUUCCACUCCAUUUCACUUAUCAGUCAUCUUCAAACCACCGUUAGUUUUUAAUCACUAAAAAAUGCACUGCACUGACACAAGGAACGCUUUCGGUGGAUAGAAAAAGUCUACUAUAUGCUUUU